CUGUGGGAAGGGGAUCUCUCACCCCACAAAAGCACAACGUGUUUGUCUGCUAACUUGGCUUUGCUAUAAGGGCCAGUUACACCUGCUGCUGCUCCGUUAGUCCGCUCACUCGCUGUUGCCUCGGCACUGGGAGAAGAAACAGGGAAACAGGGAGCCAUGGCUGCAACUACUCAGGCUAUGGGGAGCCUUCCCAGUGGCUUCGGGAUAUGCACAACUGCCCCGGAUAUAUUUUACCUUCCUGAACUGGUGUUUGGUGGUUUGGUGUGGAUUCUGGUGGCGUCGACUCUCGUCAGUCCUCCAAACCCUCUGGGAUGGGUGAUGUUCGUCUCCGUGUUCUGCUUCGUCAUGACCUUCCUCUGGAUGAUUUUCUUCGCCGUCGGGUGUCAUAACAGCAGUUCCUGCUGGGCUGCUGCUGACUUUGUUUACCACGGCCUGGCGGUGCUCUUCUACCUCAGUGCAGGCGUAAAUUUGGCUUAUGUCACGUUCCAGAAGAAGAGCGGGGAGUUUAGGAUCUACCAGAUUGAUAUUUCUGCUGUGGUGUUUGCCUUCGCCGCCACGUUCCUCUACUUCAUCCACGCCAUCCUCUCUGCCAUCCGAUGGAAACAUUUCUGAAGAGCAAAUCAGAGAGCGGUGCAGUGCAUCUUUGUGCAUCUGUGUGACAACGUGCAUUUGUUUAUGUAUGUAUGUGUGUGUGCACGUGUGAGUGUGCGUGAUGGAGAGAACAAGAAAAACCUACAGUUUCCUUCUUUUCAAUUCCUGUCUCCACUUCUGUUGUUUAUUAAUCAGUACCAUCUGAAACCUGCAGCACACAGUGCAUGACUGAGCUCACUAGACGCCUUUGAUGCCCAUUUUAAUACGUUGCAUCUUAUUUUGUGAUGUGGGCUGAGGUUUUGUGGGACAAGCACCAUAAAAUACAAAACACAGAAGUAAAAGUAAAUAAUAAAAAUGAAUUUGGCAGAAAUGUCAUGCUGUAUGUAUUGAUCUAUCCUUUAUUAAAUGAAAU